UCAUUAUAUUGUUCAGACCUGAUUUAUACCGACAGCUGUCCACCCUGAUGAGACGCUAACUUUGGCUAAAGGUCAGCUAAAGGCUACGCUGCUCUCUGACUAGCAUUGCGACAGCUAGCUUCGGUUACAUAACGGUACCGUUAUCUCAGCAGUUAGCAUGCCGUAGUAAACGGCUCCCUCUGUGAGGUGGAGGGAGCCAUUAUGGUAACGAUCCGUUAGGAAGCACCGGCUCGACCAGCAGCGGAAUAUCCAGUCCUCUGACUUAACACGGGGAAACUCUGGACAAUCAUGGCCUCCACGCCUCCACACAACUUCUCCUGGGUCGAUCCAAACAAAGUGGCCGGUCUGGCCCUACCCAGGAUGCCAUGUGAAUACCGCUACCUGCUGGACAACGGCAUCAAACACCUGGUUUGCCUGUGUGAGAGAAAACCACCUCACCAUGACACGUGCCCAGAGUUGAAGCUGCACCACAUCAAGAUAGCGGACUUCACGUCUCCUUCACCGAGUCAGAUCGAAAGAUUUCUCUCCAUCGUGGAGCAGGCCAACGCCAAGGGGGAGGGUGUGGGAGUUCACUGCAUGCAUGGACAUGGCAGAACAGGUACCAUGCUGGCCUGCUACCUGGUGAAGACGAGGAAGCUAUCCGGCAUAGACGCCAUCAAUGAGAUCCGCAGACUGCGACAGGGCUCGAUCGAAACUCACGAACAAGAGAAAGCUGUGGUGCAGUUUUAUCAGCGCACAAAGUAGCUUUCACACAGGUAACUGUUCUGCUUCUGAGAGGAGGCAGAGGUAGCACAAGUUUUACAGUUGAUAAGCUUAAAACCGCAAUCAUAUUGCCAAAUGAACUCUUUAUUAUCUAGAAUUUACAAUACUACACACUACGACUACAUUGAAUACAUCCUCACACUGUCAUUAACAUGGUACUGUAUACUGUCCUUUUGCUAUCACAUCAUUACUUCUGUUUAUGUGAACAUGUUGCUCCUUUGAAGUUUGUGUUUACAAGGCUUUAACCUUUAUUUAAGCACUGGACGCCAGAGAGAAGAGACGCUGACGCUCCUUGAAUGUGAGCUUCUCAGGAGCCGACGCUCUCUUGAUUUUCUCCUCCUGGCUUCUGUAAAUAAACACUGAUAUUAGCAGGAAUACUUGAAUAGUACUAAUGGAAUUCAUGUGUGGGGUCAUAAACAGUAGCUUGUGCUGUUUUAAAACUAUAUUUAUAGAGUGUAUUUUACUCAGGGAUCUCUUUCAUACACUUUGAAAGUUUUUGGAAGAAUAAAUUGCUGUUAUGUCUCACUGUUUUAAAAGCAAACUUAAUUCAGAGGCUUGUGGUGACAGUACACAACUGUGUACAGAUAUGUCUGUGUCAUUAAAGGAAUACUUCACCCGCACAAUGACCAUUUGCAUAUCAGUUACUCACCUUUUGCUACCAUGAAUUCGUGAAGAAAAACAAGUAUGCCCGAUACUUCCCAAAUGCAUUCAUUUUCACUGAAACAUGAUUUAAAGCACCUCUGCCUACUAGCAGCACGCCCUGAGUGUGCCUGAGCAUGCUACUCUGCCUUUCAUGAGACAUUUUGUACUGAAGUGUUUAAAUCCUGUUUAAGGCCAGUUGCAUGUGUUUGGGAAGUCCUGAGCAUACGACUGGAUAAAUGAGGCUUGGAUUAUAUUGCACAAGUUGUGUGAGAGUUUCGAUAUACUUCUGCAGUUAUUAAACGUGGUCUCCAUUUACUUCAAUGUUUGCCUAUUUUGGAUUCUUCGUUCAUCGUAGAGGAAUGUGAGAAAAAAAAGUUUUCUUCACAUAUUCAAGGAAAUAGUGAAAUAUUGUUACAGAAAUGGUAAUUUUCCAUCCAUCCAUUUUUAUCUGCUUAGGGGCUGGGUCACAGGGGCAGCAGGCUGAGCAAAGUACCCCAGACGUCCCUCUCCCCAGCAACGCUUUCCUGAUGGGAUAUGUAGUCCCUCCAGCGUGUUCUGGGUCUGCCCGGGGCCUCCUACCAGUGGGAUGUGCCUGGAACACCUCUAACAGGAGGCGCCCAGGAGGAUCCUGAUCAGAUGCCCAAAACCACCUUAACUGACCCCUUUCAACGUGAAGGAGCAGCGGCUCUACUCAGAGCUCCCUCCGCAUGUCCGAGCUCCUCACCCUAUCUCUAGGGCUGAGCCCAGACACCCCACGGAGGAAACUCAUUUUGGCCGCUUUAUAUCUGCGAUCUCAUUCUUUCGGUCACUACCCAGAGCUCAUGAUCAUAGGUAAGGGUUGGGACGUAGAUGGACCAGUAAAUCAAAAGCUUUGCCCUCUGGCUCAGCUCCCUCUUCACCAUGACGGUCGGGCACAGGGCCUGCAUCACUGCAGAGGCCGCACCAAACCACUGAUCCAUCUCAUUCUCCACUCUACUCUCACUCGUGAACACGACCCUGAGAUACUUGAACUCCUUUUCUUGAGGCAGUAACUCUCUCCCAACAUGGAGCUCACCAGCGAGCAUCUGGUGGCUGGGACUUGGGCCAUGGGGCCCGGGUGGGCUCAGCCCAAACAGAUAACAAAGAACCGUCGCCCUGUGGGCUCAACACCCACAGGGUUAGGAUUCAGGGUCUGAUGCAUUGGGUGCUGGGCGGUAGGCAGAGGCCAGGCCCUCAGUGUACUGAUCCCUGGCAUCGUGGAAUGGUCAUUUUGCGGGUGAAAUACUCCUUUAAGUCAUCAUUAGUAGAAAUGCUACAUAAGCUGUUAGAUUUGACAGGAUUUAAAUAUUUUCAAGGUCCAGUGUGUAGGAUUCAGUGGCAUCUAACACUGAGAACUACGGUGGUUAAUCCUAUCCAGAACCAGUGUCUGGUUUGUCUGUUCUGGGCUACCGUAGAAACAACAUGGCGGACUCCAGUAAGAGGACCAGCUUCAUAUGUAGAUAUAAAUGAGUCACUCUAAGAUAACAAAAAACAAAACAAAUGAUCCUCAGUUUCUGGUGAUUAGAAGUGAAUGAAAAUAUAGUUAUAAAUAUUAUACACCAUUUCUGCUAAUAGAAGCCUCUGAAUCCUACAAACUGGACCUUUAAGUCAUCAUGAGUAGAAAUGCUACAUUAAUAGCUGCUUGUUAGAUUUGACUAAAUUUUAAACUCACUCUUUUGCUGCCAUGUUGUUAAAGUCCUGACUCCGUCCGCUUCCUCUUUGAUCUGCCAAAAACAUGGGAAUGUUGCAAUGUACAAUAAAAUGAAUAAUAUGUUUGAUGAGCACAGACUCUUGUGAAUAAACUAAUAACAAAUUA